AUGAAGGUGAAGGUGGUGGUGAAAGAGGUGGUGGGAGUGGUGAUGAAGGUGGAGCUGGUAAGGAUAGCGAUUUUGGAGGUGGUGGAGGUUGAGGAGGAAGAGGUGGUGGUGGUGGUGGUGGUGGAAAUAAGGAAAAUUAAAAUUAUGCAGUCAGUGGUAGACACCACGGUUUACGAGCCUCCAGUGAGUGCAAAGUUGUAUCCCUAUCGUACACCAACACCGACUACGGGAUUGCUUUUCAGAGAGAGGAACGUCAGGGCUUUUCAGCGAGAAGCAUACAUACCUUUGAAAAGCUUCAGGCUUGAGCUCGCCGUUGAGGUUGAAAGAAGGACCAAGUCUCGGUAUCUGAUGGAGGCUCAAAUUCAAGAAUCAGUUCCUUGUAGGCCUCAGGUCAAGGCGAAAUUCCAGCUUGGUUCAGAAACAUAUUCUGUCAAUCGAAACACGGGCAUUCUUUCUGAGCAAGUGGUUUCCAUUAAAGAAGAAAGCAUGAACAUAUUGAAGGACUUCAUCACCAGACAUAAUGUUCCUAAUGACGUCACCGAUGAACUUGUUGAAAACUCCUCGGAAGAUGAUGGUGAAAUCCCCGAGAAGCCUCCUGUCAAGUUGAAGAAGACUAAAUUUACUUGA